GCCCUCACAAUUUCUAAUGCUUCACUCAUAAUACUAUCCCGCUCCUCAACUCCAAAUGCGGCUCCAAAAAGUCACUUCCCUCCCUCCGCAAGCGGAGCGGGUAUGGCAGGUCUCAAUUCAUCCAACCCUCCCACUUGUGGCCACCGCCUCCUCCGACAAAACCGCCCGUGUCAUCUCGAUGCAAACCUACAACUCACUCUCAAUAAUUGAAGGUGGGCACAAGCGUUCCAUCCGAAGUGUUGCCUGGAAACCCGGCCUUACCGGCGAAUCUGUUCUCUGCACUGGCUCCUUUGACGCAACAAUUGGUAUCUGGCGGCGGUAUGAGCAUGACUUGGACGCUAGCAAUAGUCAAGGAGGGGACGAGGAAGAGGAGGAAUGGAGAUUCGCUCUUGUGUUGGACGGGCAUGAGAGCGAAGUCAAGAGUGUCGCCUGGAGUGCCGGUGGAAAUUUCUUAGCCACUUGUAGCCGUGACAAGACUGUCUGGAUUUGGGAGGAAAUUGACGAGGAUAACUUUGAGACGUUGGAGGUCAUGCAGGAGCAUACGCAGGAUGUUAAAUGCGUGACUUGGCAUCCCGAGGAGGUCUUGCUUGCGUCUUCCUCCUACGACAAUACCAUUAGGCUUUAUCGAGAAGGUUCCGAAGACUGGGUUUGCUGUUCGCUGUUGGAGGGCCAUUUAGCUACCGUUUGGACUGUCGAGUUUGAAAAGCCUGCAUCUCCAGGAUAUCGUGAAGAGUGGGGCUCCCGGCUCGUUAGCUCUUCGGAUGACCUAUCGGUAAAAGUUUGGACGAGGGUAUCGAGAUCCGGUUCCACGGCGGAAGCGAGGAAAGCCCCACCGAGUAUUCUACGUGGUGAGUCGAUCGAAGAGAAUUGGAUUGAGACGUCUACACUUCCUCGAGUCCAUACACGGGCGAUAUACAAGGUCUCCUGGAGCUCAAAGAGUGGAAGGAUAGUGAGUUGUGGUGGCGACGGGAGGAUAGUCGUUUACGAGGAGGUAUCCGCUCCCGAUACUGAGAUGGUCGAGAAUGACGAGAGGAAACCCCCAAAGACAGAGUGGAGGGUUGUGGCGGAGAUUGAGGGCGCUCACAGCGUGUUCGAGGUCAACUGCGUGCAGUGGAGUAAGCGGUGGGACAAAGACGCAAAGGGGGAGAAUGACGAGGUUAUCGUGAGCUGUGGAGAUGAUGGCGUUGUGAGUGUUUGGGAGCUAGCAAGUUCAUGAGAUUCUUUUCCAGUGGUUCUGAUAGAUUAAGAACUGAAUUUCGUUAAAUGGAGUUUUGUUGCUACCGUGUACUUUAACCAGGCACAUGCUUUCUUCUAGCGAGUUGACGAUAGAGCAAUAAUUCACUGGGGUUUUCUUU